AACGCGUUUACUACAGUUUGGCCCAUCCCUCUUUCCGUAGUAUCACAGUCUGGGAAGCGUGUUGACAUUGAAGGAUCCGGAGCGGUUUAUAUAAAGCGGAUUCAGUGAAGCACCAUGCUGGGGGCUAAGCGGAUUGCUGAUGUGGGUUACCGGGUGUUCUCCGGCUCCAUGAUGGUCCUCACGGUGUACGGCGGUUACCUGUGCGCCAUGCGGGGCUACCGCUACAUGCAGCGACAGAAGGAGCUCGAGCUGGCUGCCCAGAACCAGACCGUGGACCCUGAGACGGUCAAAGAUUGAGCUGCAUAUCCAGGAGAAGAUGUGCUCCAAAAGAGACACUAACCUUUCAGCUUUAUUAACCUUAAAGACCAAUCUGGAUCAUCACAUGUGUGGGACAUAAAGCUGACCAACUGAGAUUUCAUCCUGUCAAACGUCCCUUACAGCUGCAGUUAUUUUUUUAAUUCAGGAAAGAAUUCUGUGUUAAAGAACCGGUGGUGUUUAUAUGGAUGUUAUGUAUUAAAUUGUGUUUCAGUGUAA